AUGGAUAAAUCCGUGUCGUUGCUCGUCAUGCACAUCCUUGAUUUUUGGUUCCAUUUGGUACCUCUACUUAAGGUCACGGUGACGGACAAGGCGUGGAUGCAGGAGCCUCCUGAUGAUUCAGCCAAGUUGCAGAGCAGCUGGUUACUUACUCCUGACAUCGUCACCACGACCCCCACCACACUGUGCAUGCACAACGCAGCCGUCUAUCAGGACCAGAGCGAUGCGACGUUGUCGUUUAAACAAUAA